AUGGCUUACAAUGAUCCGUACCUCGACCAGAAUAGAGUGCCAUUGAUGGAUGUCAAUGACACAGGUGUGAAGUCUGAUAAUGAGAAUACAUUUGGUUAUUUCAACUGCGGUGAAGACGAUGGUAUCGAUGAAGACGGAGUUUCCAAAUCGAGGACACUGAGAAGGGAGUCUGAUAAUGAUGGCGCCUAUAAGAGAGAAUCGAUGGCUAAGAAUUAUGGUGGUGAAGGAAGUAGAAAAUCAGACAAAAGAGAUAGGCAUGGCAGCAACAAGGUAAGGGAACACGACCGAGAUCAAGCAAAUGCAACUACUGAUUCUGAGGAGAAAGUCGAAGUGGAAAAGAAAGUCAUUGUUAGUGGUUUCUUCUUUCUUUUGGCUCAUGAUGUUGUUAAAGAUGGCGAAGAAGAAGAUGAAGAUCUCUUCAAAAUGAGAAAGAAAAAGAAGAAACACCAUAGAAGUGCUGCAGAAAUCUCAAUGCUAAUUGAAAAUGUGAUGGCAGAGCUAGAAAUUGUUGCUGAGGAAGAUGUGGAGCUUAAUAAACAAUCCAAGCCAGCUAUAAGUAAACUCAAGAAACUCUCUCUUCUUCAAGAAGUUUUUUCCAAGAAACAAUUGCAAGCUGAACUUUUAGAUCAUGGAGUCCUAACCUUGUUAAAGACUUGGUUAGAACCUCUCCCAGAUGGAAGCUUGCCAAAUAUUAACAUCCGGGAAGCUAUAUUACAGAUCUUACAAGAUUUUCCAAUUGAUUUAGAGCAGUCUGGCAUAAGGGAUCAACUAAAGAAGAGUGGUCUUGGAAAGGUGAUUAUGUUUUUAUCGAAGUCAGAUGAAGAGAUCAUGUCCAACAAAAGACUUGCAAAGGAACUGGUUGAUAAAUGGUGUCGAUCAAUAUUCAAUAACAACGCAAGAUUUGAAGACAUGAAGAAGUACGGGGAUGAGAGGAUUCCAUCUCGGAAGUCAUCUAAAAAGACAAGAAUGAAAUAUAGGGAUGAUGAUAUUAACUUUGCUGAACUACCAAAGGGUCAAAAUUCAAGACAUUCAUCCUCUCGGAAUCAUGUUUCAAGGCCUGAGGCAAUGCCAAUGGACUUUAUUGUUCGCCCACCAUCUAAAGUUGAUCCUGAUGCAAUAAGGGCAUGCUCUAAACAAGUUGUUCAAGAUCAAAUUCGACUUAAGAUACAAAAGAAGUUAAAGCAGUUGAAAGCACCUAAAAAGAAACAACUGCAGGCCAAAAAGCUAAGUGUGGAAGGUCGUGGGAUGGUCCUUUAA